ACGGUAUUGGAAAUCAGUGUACACUUGGAAUAGUGUUGCUGUAAUAAUUGGAUAGAAAAAGUUUAGAACAUUAAUGUCAUUGAUUGUUGUCAGAUUAUUUUGGACUUGAAGAUAUGAAUCUAUCCAGUGAUAAAUGGUUGGCUAAUCCACCUGAAAAGUCCAAAGAUGACAGUAAUCUUACAUCACGUAAUGGACAAUUAGCUCAUGAGAACUUUGAGCAAGGUACAGGGUCUUUGACAGUGCUUCGGAGAUCCAAUUCAAAGAACAAAGUGGUGUCUGACAGCAGUAGUCGUACAUCUAGCAUCACAAGUGUUGAGAGUGACUCAUACGCUAGUGUUGACCUUGGCACUGACCGGCUUCCACCAGUUGAUGUUCCGGAAGCUUCACAUGUUUGCUCAUUAAGAUUAAAACAUAUUGUUCGAAAGCUUCAGAAAGAAGAUGUUUCAAAAGAAGAUUUACUGAAGAACCUUGAAUAUGCAGCACAAGUCUUAGAAACUGUUUAUAUUGAUGAAACAAGAUGCAGAGAGUGUUCGAGUGAUGUAAUAUGCAAGUGUAAACAAAAACUGAAUGACGCCAGACGCCUUUGUGAUGAAGAAGAUGAGCUCAGUGAAGUUGAGCCGGAUGCCGUCCCGACAGAAGUGCGGGAUUGGUUAGCUCUAACGUUUACACGUUCUAUGAGCAACAUCAAACGACGUGGGGAUGAUAAACCUAAAUUUAGAAGUGUGGCAAAUGCAAUUAGGGCCGGCAUUAUGGUGGACAGAAUAUACCGCAGACUUUCAAGUUCUACUGGUUUAAAUGUUCCACCACAUGUUCUUCUUAUUUUAAAGCAACUAGAUGACUGGUCUUUCAACGUGUUCUCUGUAAAUAGUGCCUCAGAUGGACAUGCUCUUAAAUAUGUUGGAUAUGAACUAUUGCAAAAAUAUGACUUGAUAACCAAGUUCAAAAUAAAUAACAGUGUGUUGGAUAGUUUUCUGUUAGCCAUUGAAACAGGUUAUAGCAAGUACAAAAAUCCGUACCACAACUUAGUACAUGGGGGAGAUGUUGCGCAGACUGUACAUACUAUACUCUCUCAAAGUAAACUUGUAAAUUGGUUGACAGAUCUUGAAGUGUUUGCAACUAUUGUGGCAGCUUUAAUACAUGACUAUGAACAUACAGGGACAACAAACAACUUCCACAUACAAACCUCGUCUGAGGUAGCACUAUUGUACAAUGAUAGAGCCGUUCUAGAGAACCAUCACAUCAGUGCAGGUUUUAAAAUCAUGAGAGAUGAGGAAAGUAAUAUCCUCUCAAAUCUUAGUAAAGAAGAAUACAGAGAGUUCCGAAAUCUAGUAAUUGACAUGGUGCUAGCAACCGACAUGUCCUACCACUUCCAGCAAAUAAAAAACAUGAAAAAUCUCCUCAGCAUGCCAGAAAACAAAGCUGAUCCUGGUGAAUUUCUUCAAAGUAUUGACAAGUCAAAAGCACUGUCACUGGUUCUCCAUUGUGCUGACAUCAGCCAUCCUGCCAAAGACUGGGAUAUACACAAACGCUGGACAGAUCUCUUGCUGGAAGAAUUUUUCAGACAGGGAGACCGAGAGCAAGAGCUUGGACUUCCAUUUUCACCACUCUGUGAUAGAAAAAAUACUCUGGUAGCUGAGUCUCAAAUAGGUUUUAUUGACUUCAUUGUGGAGCCAAGUUUUCAGGUAAUGGGAGACAUGCUAGAUAAGAUUGUGACUCCAUUGCGUACGCCAUCACAGGCAAGCAUUCAAGAUGAUGCCAUCUCUGAGGAAGUGUUUGAAAAAGGCAAAUCUAGCUCACCUUUAGCAAGAACUGCUUCUAGAACUUCAGGCACAGUUGGUCGUCCAUGGGUAGAAUGCCUUGGCAAUAAUAAAUCUAUGUGGAAACAAAUUGCUAUCAAAGAUGCUGAGGAGAGGAAAAAGAAUGAAGCGGCUGUUAGUAAACCUGAUGUUAAAGAAGACACUGUGGAGGAAAAGCCAAACUCAGAAAAGGAUGAUAAACAAAAAAGUGAAGAAAGUGAUAAGAAAAAGGAGGAGGAUAAAAAAUCGAAAGGAAUUUCCCGCCAGACGUCAACUACGGGGUUAUUUAUUUUAUCUCGAAUGACGUCAACAAGCGGGCUAUCGAGCGGAACUGGCAGACACACGUCUACAUCAGGGUUACCACGAGUUGUUUCGAGACAAACUUCGACCAGUGGUUUAGUCGACAUUUUAACUGCAAGUCGGGUUCGUGAAUUACGUGCAUCAAAUAAAGACACGGGUUGUUCCGACGAGGAGUCGUGCUCAGAUGACGCCAUGGAAGUUGAUACAUUUCAAAAAUAAGAAUUGUAGAUAAACAAAUAUAUAUGUGUUAUAGUGAUACAUUUAAACUAGAGAAAUCAUUGUUGAACAAGAAGCAUCAUCUUUCAUACAGUUAUCAUUUCCGUGACACCAUCAUAUUACAUAUGCUGCAAACUGUGUGUACAUGUAUAUGUACUACAUGUAGUGGGCAUUUGUUCAGACAAUGUGUACAUGUAAGUACACGUAGUGGGCAUUUGUUUAAAACACUUUAAAUAUAUUUUCCUCAGUUUAUUGCAUGAAUGAAGUUGAAACAAAGUUCAUAUUGGUAGAGAGAAGUAUAAGUUAUUUCUCACAGACAAAAGGUAUAAUUCCAUUAAUAAAUAAAAGGGGUCUUGAGUGAAAAUGAAAUUUACCUCUCUGAGAAGAGAAAACGCAUAAAAAUUCCAACGAGCUGUGGAGAAAGAAAACAAAGUUACAUGUAUUCUGAAAGCAGAUGUACCGUAUGCGUAUGUCUCGUAUUUACAAUGAUUUUUACUUUUCAUAUGUGGCACAUAGAUCUACUGACAAAGUAGAAAUUUAUAUACAUAAGUGUAGGACUUUUGUCUCACAGAAAUAAGCCUGUAUUAAUUCACAGAAUAGAUGUUGUUCCCAUCGCUCGUUUAUUAUUUUAUGAGAAUAAGCAAAACAUUAAAAAAAAGAAUAAAUGAAUGUAUAUUGAGAUGUUUCAAGAUGAAAUUUGUCGAAUGUAAAUAGUCUGUCGACCAAUGAUCAUCAUGUAACACACGUUUAAUGAUAGAUUCUCAUGUAGUACUCAUGAACAUACAAUAAACUAUCUAUAUAAACUAUACAUGUAUAUUCUAUGUACUUAAGAAUAGCGUUAGUACUAGUCUUUAUUCAGUUUUAAGGGACUGUUGUUUUACAUUCAUGAGUAAUUGCUCACUUGUUGCUCGUCAUUAAAAAGCCAAUCGCUAGUUAUUUGGCCCACCAUAGU